UUUUUCUUUUUUUUUUCUUUCUCUUACUUAUUUUUAUAUUGUGUGUGUAUUUGUGUGUGUGUAAAUAGUCAUGUUCAGCGCUUCCCCUGCAAAAAGAGAACUAGAAGAGGAUUCAGACAUCUUAGACCCAAGCCAAUUUAUGUCCUAUUCACCCCUGAUUGAAGAUGGCUCUUAUAAACGGCCACGUUACGAGCACCACACUUGGACCCUUGAUCAUUUAUGCACGUCCCCAUAUAGUCCUUUAGCAACAGUUGAUUUACAAUCUAUAUUUAAUUUAUCUAAUUUUCAAUUACUGUCACAAGAGAAAAGAGAAGAACUCUGCCAAUUAUUACCUGUUGUGGACACCAUUCAACAUCCUCAGUCAAGCUCUUUAACUAUUUCACCUUCCUUCUUCUCAAAGCAGACAAAUCCAAUCUUUUGGGAUACCCUGACUGAGUGGCAAGCUCUGUUAAGUCAAGGAGAGAUCAUCAUUGACCAGCCGGAAACUACACUACAGCUAAAGCCAAAGCAUAAAUCAAAGUUAAAAAAGCCAAAGAUAACCCAUUACAAAGAUGAUCAUGCUGAUUCAACAUUUGGAGAUACGACGGAUAAAGAAAAGGCUCAUAACGUAGCUGGUGAUUCAAAAAAUAUUACGCUUAAAGACAUGUGUCGCAAAGGCUUAAUACGUGAAGAAGACGUUAUUGUGUAUAAACGCAAUUUCAGUGCUUGUAAAAUAGUUGUAUGUAAAUCGAUGACAGUUGUCAAAGCGAGUGGUCUGUCUGGUAUCUCUAUUCAGUUAGAUGGUCAAAUAUUUGAGGAUUUUGAAACCCCGACUGCAUUAGAAACCAAGAUACUUGAUCAUCAUGGUAAGGUGUCCAAAGAUAAACGUCCAAACGGUAAUGCCUUCAAGAGCAUCCGAUUAAUUCGAGCUGGAAAGGAUUUGGGUAGGCUAUUUGAUAUUCGUAAAGAUAGCUUUGAAGAACCAUAGACCUUAAUUUCCCCCUAUUCUUUUUUUAAAUUCCCCCCUAAUAAAAAGAAAAUAACAUAAUAAUAGAGCCCCUUUUUUCAUAUAUUUAUUGUCAUAAACUAGC